UCCCCACCCACACUGCGUUGCUUUACCUGUUGUGCAUGAACACUGACUGGUCUUCCCUGCCGCCACACUGCAGGUCCAGUGUAAGUGACCGUGCUUGUAUCAACAAGCCCAGCUGUCAGCUGCCGGGUUCGGAGCCUGGACUCGCUGUGAAAUCCUCGGGGCCGGGCCAGCGUGAACGGCGGAAUUGCAAAUGGCAGGAAAGGCGCACAGACUGAAUCCCGAACAGCGUGAACAGCUGCUCCCCAACCUCCGAGCAGUGGGCUGGGCUGAAGUAGAGGGCAGAGAUGCAAUUUACAAGGAGUUUGUCUUUAAAAACUUCAACCAGGCUUUUGGUUUCAUGACGAGAGCGGCCUUACAGGCAGAGAAAAUGGAUCACCACCCAGAAUGGUUCAAUGUUUAUAACAAGGUCCACAUAACUCUGAGCACACACGAGUGUGGCGGGCUCUCCGAGCGAGACAUUAAACUGGCAACCUUCAUGGAAGAGGCCAUGGUUGCUCAAUGAUACCCAAGGACAUCACCCGUUGUCCGUACCAAAUCAACAAGUGUAUGAGGUGGCGUUAAGCUCAUUACAUGUGCAUUCCAUCAACAUAUUUCAAAGGCUGGUGUUUGUUUUUAUUGAACCAUCAUCUAUUAAUAGAAUCAAGUUGUAUUCAAAUCUGACUGAACAGAACUGGUUUACAAGUGGCAGUAUUAAUGUAUUGUGAGCGAAAUGUGCCUUGUAUCAAUAAAAUAAUGACUCUGUUUCAUUCAUACAA